AUGGCUGACAGCCUUGAUUGGGGUCCCCCCUUCGGAUUCGCAGUACGCAGAAAUGGCUCCUGCCUCGAAGCACAAGGAGAAUGCCACACCGACGCAGGGGUUGAUCCUAUAACAAAACAAAUUAUGUACCGAUGCUGCCCCAGCGGCUCAAGAUGUAGCAACGGAAACAUAGGGAUGUGUUGUCGGGAUCAAAACUGCAAACAGCAAAUCAGUAACCCAGCACACUGCGCCAACGAGACCUGGGAUCUUUAUAGAAACUUUGAUGGCGGAUAUUUCUGUUGUGAUCAGGAACAAUGGGGGUAUAAUAGGACUGGGGGAGGGGUUGGCUCCCCUACAUCGAGCAGCUCACCAACAUCGAGCAGCUCCCCUACAUCGAGUAGCUCCCCUACAUCGAGCAGCUCACCGAUAUCGAAUAGCUCCUCUAGUCCAAAUACUGGCGCUAUCGCAGGUGGUGUGGUUGGUGGUGUUGCUGGGUUAGCAAUAAUUGUCGCAUUGCUGUGGUACUUCCUGCGUCGUCGGCCACAGAAGCAAUCACAAGCGAUAACGCCCAUCACCGCAGCAUCAAUGAUGCAUCACGAGCCUCUCCAGUCCCCGGGCAUACUAAACGAGUUAGACGGCCAACGUUCUGUGUCAGAGCUACCUAGCCACAAAGAGAAUACUCUCCACGAGUUACCGGCAUCUACAAAAGCUCCAUGA